CUGCAACUCAAGCAACAUCUUUCGUUUCACGAGCGCACUCUCAUGACCCUCGAUAGAUGGCUUCAUCAACUGUUCGAAGGACAACAUAUAGCACCCAACGAGCUAGUCCAUCAGACGCGGAAUACAUCCUCGCUCUUGCAGCACGUGUCCAAUCAGCGCUCACCGCAUCAGGCAGCCUUCAAGAACUCACUCCAUCAACACUGGAUACAGUUCAAGCUUCGAUUCACAACGAAGAGAUCUUCAUAUUUACUUCGUCUGGACCUGAAAGGCCUGCCCACUUAACUCAAAUUGGAAGCGUGACAAUUUCUCCUUUUUACCCCACAAGCGGCCAUGGCAGCGAUUCGUGGAACAUAGGUGAAUUCAAAGGGAGGACAUGGUAUCUCCAUUCCUUGAUGCUGGAACCUUCAUUGCAGUGUAAUGGGCUUGGUAAACGCCUUCUCAAAGAUGUCUUGAACACGUGGGGUCAGAGACACGGUGAAGGAACCAUAGUCCUUGAUUGCUGGGCGGGGAAUGAGAAGUUGCGGCAGUUCUACGAAGAGGUUGGAUUCAGUCUUGUGGGUGUGUACCCCGAGGAAGGAUAUGAGAUCGCUGUUUUCAAGAUAAUUGUGGAAAACUGUUGAAGCAAAUUCGUGGCAGGGGCCUAAAGGACUGGGUCUUGCGUCGCACGUUCAAGAGCCGAGUCAAGCGACUCUGAGUGCAAAGGAGAUUCACAUUCUAAGCCUAUUUAUGUCACAUUCGAAUCACGGUCUUAUCA